AUGAGUGUCUACAAGAGGUACGUGUCGGGAGAGCAUGACGAUGAAUUUUUCAGCGAGCGCAAUCGACUAAAGGGGAGCCACCCUGGAGGAAGAGGCGCGAAGCAACAACAACAAGCAGGGAUCGUGAUACCGCAUCUUACGGGACAAUUCGAUAGAAACGUCGCUUACCCCGGCACCACGGCCACCAUCCCGCUCCAGCAGUGGGCCAGAACCUUUGAUCAAGACUCGAUCUACACGGGGUUCGACAGCGUCUUGUUUGGCACCAUCAUCACCAUCGUCAACCGCAAUGCGUCCACGGGGAAGCUCUCUACGAGAUCAAUCACGAAAUUCGGCAGCUCUUCAUACAAGGAUAUGAAACUCGACCACCAUUCAAGGUACUGGCCCAGUUGCGAGAACUUGACGCUGAAACAUAAAAAGUCGAGCACAAGACGAUCGUUGGCGAUUCUGAAUUUGAAAAAUGCCAAUAAACUAUUCAAUUUCCACGAGCUGAUGCCCGACUCCGACUUGCCCAUGUGGGACGAGACAAAUGCCGGGGAAUUGGCCAACGUGAUGAAACUUCUCGACCAUGAAAAGUCGAAACGCGUGGGGAGAAAGCUUUUGGAUUUGGGAGUAUUGGAAGACCACGUGUUGAAAUCGUUCAUCAUGGAUGUUGUUUAUGAAAACGACGCUGACGAAGAGACUAGAUUGGAAAACAACAAGAUGGUCAAUUUGCUCGGAGAGCAAUUGGAGCAGCUCUUUGAUCCGUUGCUUCAAUACUCGCCGCAGCAAAUGCUGGUGACUUACAAACCAUCAACGACACCCAAUUCAACCAGGCUUGCAAUCACCCCCAAGAUACAAUCUAUCAUCGAAGAGCUCAUCACGGUGCAAACAAACUUCACCAUGGGGCUCGUUGAUUUUCUAGAGAAUUUCCUCAUCCCGCUACGAAUCAGCGUGCAUCGCCGCAGCUCACCACGACACACCUCCAAAUUGAACCGAAUAUUCCCACCAACAAUCGAUGAAGUAACGCGCGUCAACUGCAUCUUGAAUGACGCCUUGCUCAACGCCCGUAAAGUCAACUACGUUGAGAUCUUUCUCGCGCUAGCCCAAAUCAUCCCAUACUUUUACAAGCCAUUCACGCGGCAUGAAGCCAACAUCAAGAACUUUAUUCCCAGAUUGAAGAGAUUCUGCGACGUCAAUUACCAAAGUGUGUUUGAGAACCGCGAGAUCAACAAGUCGCAGUACUCCAUCCGCGAAAUCGAGUUUAUCAUCACCGGUUCACUAAUGAUGAUGCCCAAAUUGAAAUUGGUAUUGAUGCGAUUAUACGAGGAGAUUUUGAGAGAAAACGCCAAUGCAUUGACUCCUGAAUCGGUGGAUGUGUUAACGGAUGAGAUGAACCUCGUUGAGGAUGCAUUCACGUCAGCUUUGGAAAUCUUUGAAGCAUUUGGAGAUGCUCUGGAACCGCAAGAAGAGCCAGAUUCAAGUAUCUUGAAGCAAAGGAUAUUCACACCCCUGGGCAAGAUCAUGACUGAACUAGCCUCGAAUUGGCCUGCUGAGUUGCAAUAUGGCUGGAUCAAGCGGAAAAUCGUGGGUGUGUUUGAACUUGCCAAUUUGAAAACCGAGACCCCGCAAAAGGAAAUCUUGCUUGUAUUUUCCGACUUUUUACUCCUCCUUGAAGUCAGGCAACCUUCAAAUACUCAAUCAGAUGACCUGGAAAACAAACAUGAAAAAAUUGAACUGUCGAUCCCCGAUGUGCUCCUACACACAUUGAUGAAUGAAAAACCGUUGCCUAAUUUAGAGUCCUUCCCAGAAAUGCAAGUUGUCAGCUGGUGCAGCAUCGAGGAUGUAAUACCCUCGGUAUAUUAUUCCCUAGCAGCAAGAAACGAGCCCCGCGAGUGCAUCCGAUUCUUGAACUUUUCGCAAGCGGGGUUCACGUCGCUAAACAAGCAGGACAAAGAGUACACUAGAAACUAUAUUCUCAAGGAUGGCUCAGCUCAUGAGUUGAUUGAUCUCAUCAACAAGGCGAAAAUCCUCAAAAAAUCGUCAUCGUUUCACCUUUUCAAAAAUGAAGCCAACGAUAUCAGUACUUAUGGCGUAGCACACGAUCUCGCGUCAUAUAAUGAAGAAGGCUACAAAUCGCCCAUUGUCAUGUUUCUCAACAUGAAGAUCGACGUGGCAGAUUACGCUAGAACCCACCACCACGAAGGUGUCAACUUGGUCCUCCAUGCUUCGUUCAUCGAUGCGAAUGAGAUCGAGAUUACCGGCUACGACAGGUUUGACCGAGAACCCAUCAAUGUGAUUAUUCACGGAAAUCAGUUGCUGGCGUUUGUAAGGGACAAAGCUGCUGACUCGUACUGGAAAAUGUUUCUGACUUUUAACCAUGUUACUGAAUGUUUGAUAAAAGGCACCGCGAUUGAUUUGAAUAGCAUUGCCGAUUAUACCAACGCCGAGGAAAGUAAGGAGGGCUUUGAAAUGUUGCGUCCUGUUGUGAUCAACAACAACAACAACAACAACAACAACAACAACAACAACAAUGACAACCCCUCAGUUCACAACACCGACACGAGAAGCUCAUGGAAUCAUAGAAAAGCCAAUAUUGGAAGCCACAUGGGCUUCAGUCACACUGAUCCACCACAAUCAUUCAGUAGUAGAUUGCAACACAAGAUUCGAAAUAAUCAUUCGGCCGGUGCAUCACUAAAGGGGAUGAUACAGAGAAAGCCACUGCCGAAUAUCCCCGGCACGCCAAUUCCCAUGGGCGCUGAGGUCGAGUACAAGCAUGUGUUGCAGCCCGUUCCGACUUUGAAACAACGCGUUGAAUCUUCCGGUAGUGUCAUCCAUACAGCCAAAAAUCCAACGGACCACCAACUGCAGCAGAUGCCUCUGAAAUCGCCGAGCAAGCCGUAUUUGAGAAUGGCGCCGUUUGCGGAGUACGAUAUUGCAAGCACAUCAACAGAUGAAAAACCGCUGAAGCCACACUUGGAAAGCAAUAUUCGAAACCCUCGAGCUUCAGCCCCAUUGACAGCUCCACAACUUGAAAGAGGUAACGGUAUUUCAUCACCUCGUACCUUUGAGCACAAACCAUCCGCAAUGCCGACCUCGGCUCCAAUCAUCACUCCAAAACCAAAAGAAGCAAAACAAAUCGCAAUUGCAGAGCCAAAGCCAAAGUCAAAAGAGCCAAAGCCAAAGCCAGAGGCAAAAUCAAAUUCAAAAUCUAAAUCAGAACUGCAGCCACAACGACCAUUAACAAUCAAGAGAAUUCCAACCAUGGACGAUAUUGCAUUGAUUCCAAAACGUUCCACGAAGCGGAGCUUGCAUUUCCUCAACCAGCAAAUUACAGAUGACGACUCUUCCGAACCAAAUUGGGAAGUAGCAAUGACUAGAGGAAACUCCCUUAUAACCAACCCAGAAGUGACGAGCUUACCCGACUUGAUAACGAACCAAGUAAACGAUCAUGAUGAUGAUAAUGAUGAUAUUGAAUUUAUCGAAGUCCAAGAUGAUCACGAAGGUACCGAGUAUUCCGGUGAGUUGGAUGACGUUUCAGGAUACGCACCAGAUAUGGGACACAUCCAGAGAGUGCCCAUGGUUCGAGUAUCGGUUUCGCGAAUUGCCGACUUGGCCUCGUCCAGUUCAGUUUACGAGGAUUCGACCCCGAGAGCCAGCCCCUAUGUGCAAGCCAGCGGGCAAUUUGUUGCUCCCAUCAAUCCUAUCAACCCGCCACCACAUAAAAAGAUGAACCCCUUUGUCAACAAGCCAUUCUAUACGCCGCCACCGCCCUUGCAUCAUGCCCUUGCUGGAUUCUGGAAUAACGCCACCCCAUUCAUGGACCACAAAUCGCAACGUACUUUACAUGCCAAGUCUCUAGUGAGAGAACCCUCGGCUGCAUCAAUCACUCCGUCGCAGUAUGCAUCUGAGCUUGGCUCGUUUAUCGAUUCGGAGUUUUCCCACGACUUGAUCCCGUUCCCUGCGCAUGACCUAAUUACAGAUUCGUCCCAUGAUGCAACUAAUUCAAGCGAUAGUAGUUGUUGUGGUGGGCAAAUCUGCGAUGACGACGGUCGUGGUAGCGGUGUUUCCCAUAGUGGCUCGAUCACGUCGUUGACUUCGCUGAACUCAAGUGCUGUUUUCUACUCUCCCAAUGAAGAAGUUUUGAAAACUUUGGGCGUAGUUGAUGUUGAAGACGUUCUGGGUUCAAACGAUGAUGAAGGUGACGAUGAAGGCGACACUACUUAUUUAUUAAAGGACAUGAUGAGCACGAUAGUCGAGACUGGGCCAUUGAACCACUUUAUGCGUGAUGAGAGCAUAGCUCAGCUUUCGCAUCUUUUGGACCUGGCCAACUUCGGAGAGUUUGAAGUGACUCAAUUGAUGAAGUAA